AUGAGAGGACCGUGGCAAGUAUUGUGCAACGCAUUGACGAAAAAUCAAGAAGCAGUAAAUAUCAUGAAGAAAGGGAUUAGGAAGCAGCUGGGAGACGGUCAUGAGACCCUAUUUUGGCAUGACCAAUGGAUUCAAGAGACACCUCUAAAACAAGCAUUCCCAAGACUAUUCCGCAAAGCGUUACAUCCCUUAGCCUCCGUAGCUUCUAUGCGAGCAGGGACCAACUUGGAGGAGGGCUGGGAAAUCCCGUGGUCCUGUCCUCUCAGACCACGUGAUCAAAGGGAGUUCUCAGCGCUUAGGGAACUACUGAAGGAAGCCAGAUUUUCAACUGGUCAACCUGACCAAGUUACGUGGCUUUUGCAUAAAUCGGGUACCUUCUCAGUCAACUCCUUCUAUUUGGAAAUGUAUCAAAAUUCUCAAACCCUUUUGAGUGAGGUUUCCAGAAAAAUGUGGUGUGGACUUGUCCCAUUUCGAAUCGAGAUAUUUGUGUGGUUGGCCUUAUUGGAAAGAAUUAACACAAGGGUUAAACUUGCGGCUCGAAACAUCAUCCCUUCCUCAGAAUCCAACUGUCCUUUGUGCUCAUCCGCCCCGGAAGAUACCUCCCACCUCUUCCUUCAUUGCCCUUUUGCGAGAAUGGUCUGGGUCUGGUGGUGUGGGUUAUGGGAUUUGUCCUGGGUCUGGCCUCUUUCACUCGAGGCUGCAUAUGCACAAUGGUCCUUCCCUUGUAAAAAUCAGUUCUUCCAGAAAGUGUGGAAUGCAGCAUUCCAGGUCAUUAUUUGGUCCAUAUGGAAAGAACGCAACUCACGAAUAUUCACCAACUUGAAUAGCUCUGCUCAGGAGGUUCAGACCAUGGUAUUGUUGCGCCUUAGCUGGUGGAUUAAAACCUGGAAAGACCCCUUCCCAUACUCAUCAAAUGAAAUAUUGCGAACUCCCCAGUGUCUAUCUUGGCAGGUUCCUAGGAAGAAAGUGCAAACACAAAGACUUCCAACACCAGAUAAGCUAACAUGGGUUAUGAAUAUUUCACCAUCACCAGCGCAACGUAAUCGGGUCAUUGGGGGUGCUCUUUUCAGCAUGAAUGGGGAACCAUGGUGCGCUUUCUCAUGUCUAAUACCAUAUAUGGAUGACUGUUCAGCAGAAACUUUAGCCAUUCACAGAUCUCUUCAAAUCUCCCUCAACAAUGUUCGAUUCAGAAGUCAUCAAAUUGAGAUAGAAUCACACUCAAAGGAAGCAGUAUCAUGGUGCUUAAACCCAGGGAAUGGGCCGUGGAACCUUCAGUUCAUCCUAAAUUUCAUUCGAAGUGUUGGGAGAAGAGGCCUUAGAAGCCGGAUAAAAUUUAGAAGCCUACCAACUUUUUCAACCACUGAUGUCAUUAAUUCUCUGGGCUUAUCCCGCAAGUCAGAUACAGUAGUUUGGAUGAAUUAA